GACGCGCUCUCCGGCUCGGUCGGCGGCCUCGAGGCGCAGCUCGACGCGAUCGUGCGGCGGGUGCUCGCUUCCCGCGCUGACCCAGCUGCCGCGCGCCGGCUGGGCAUCUCGCACGUGCGCGGCAUCCUCCUCUCGGGUCCUCCCGGCUGCGGCAAGACACUGCUUGCGCGCGAGCUGGCGCGGUCGCUGGGCGCGCGCGAGCCGCAGGUGGUCAACGGCCCCGAGAUCCUCGACAAGUUUGUGGGCGAGGCGGAGGCCAAGGUCCGCGAGCUCUUCGCGCCGGCCGAGGCGGAGUGGGACGCGGCCGGCGACGCUUCGGCGUUGCACGUCAUCAUCCUCGAUGAGAUGGACGCGAUCGCCAAGAAGCGAGGCUCCGCGAGUGGAGAUGCGUCCGGGGUGCGCGACUCUGUGGUGAACCAGCUCCUCUCCAAGAUGGACGGCGUCGUCGAGGCGGGAAACGUCCUCGUCGUCGGCCUCACAAACAGGCCCGAGCUGCUCGACGAGGCCCUCCUCCGGCCCGGCCGGCUCGAGGUGCAGCUGAAGGUGGAGCUGCCCGACGCCGAAGGGAGGAGGGACAUCCUCCGCAUCCACACGCGCGCGAUGCGCCAGAAC